CAACGGAUGUUCAUGUGGAGGGCUUGCAACAGGCGGUGGAUGAGGCUGUGCAGGCAGGACGGCGACGAGACGAGGGUGUGGGUGACGCACGAUGUGUGGUCCAGGAGACAGCGACGGGUCCAGUCGUUCCUGCAUGGUGUGCCGCCGCCCGUUAUCACGGAUUUGGGGUCCGAGCCGGUGGUUGCGCCACCUCGUCUUCCUAGUCACUUUGCUCCGCAGGAGGUCCGUCGUCUUUUGGAUGCAGACGAGUUGGCGAGAGAGGCUGUCCGCGAUGUGACUCGCUUGGACCGGCGGGUCUUUGACCAGAGGCUACAACAUCCACCAUGGCAGGCGAUCCCUCCAGUUCCAUGGGGUCCUGCACCGCCGGUGUGGUCUGGGUCUACCUCCACCGGAGCACGUACGGCGGGAGAUGUUCCAGGGGKUUCAGGKGGCGUCGUGGAGACGGCGCCACGUACACGAGACAUGCCACCCCCUCCUCCUAGACCACCUGUAGGUGAUCCGUCAUCGUCGCCCAUAGGCAGAGGCUCUCGAUCUCCACACACGCCUGGGAGGUCUAGGAUUCGGGACACUACAGCCGUUGUGAGGGACGUGAGUGACACAGCGUUGUUCGGGAGGACAGACAUAGAUUUGGAUUCCACCCGCCGUGUCACGGAGCACACUGCACGUCUACAGCCGGGUUUGGGACCCCGCGGCGGUAGGAUGACCGCAGCGAGGGAGGUGGCAGCAUCAGGUUGUGAGCCUCAGCGAGGUCGCGGCAGAGGAGUGUCCGCCGAUAGCUUGGAGUACGCUCUGAUAGCAGCGACGCGUGCCGUACAUGAGCAGACUCCACGCAAGCGCGGAGUGCCUCCUCGUCCACGCCCCGUGCCCGCACAGGGAGGAGAUGCAUUUGGAGAGACUUCGGGGGCAGAGGGGUUGGGGAUGCCUCGUGGAUCGCGCCGUGAGCAGACGGUUACAAAGGCUAGUGUGAGGGUUGUUGUGUUGAGGAAGGCAGGAACCCUUGUCACCAUCGAGGAGGAUGAUCCUGAGACAGAUGUGGCAGUGCGGGAGGAGGACGAGGACUAUGAGGGCGAGGAGGAGGGAGAGGAGGAGAGCGAGAGAGGUUCCGAUGGUGACUACGACCACGACGAGUACGAGCCCCACCUCCCCCACCGAAAGGUGCAGCCAGACGGCACGCUGCGCAGACUUCUUCAUCAUCACGAGGGAGGAGGAGUUCAACAUCCGGCACGCGAGGGGGUACGAGGAGACAGAGGGGGAAGGGGAAGAAGCGUCGUUGACUGAUGAGGCCAACACUCCUUUUUCCCCUGCUCGCACUGCGGUUCGUCAUGUUGUGAGGUCCUAGUUUUUUUGGUCGUCUCGUCUUGUCUUAGUGUUGUUAGGAUCCCAGUGGUUGUGUGCGUGCAGCGUGCUACAUAUGUAUUAGAUGAUGUUUCCUUUGUUUUCGGUGUGUAUGAUUUUGGUACCAGUAUGGUGUUCGUAGAGUAGCGUUGGACCAGUAGGGUGUUCGCAGAGUAGCUACGACACGACUUGUACACUACAGUUUCGUUUGUUUUUUUUCGACAUGUGGUACCACUGCCUUAGCAGUAGCCUGUAGGAUACRUUGCAUAUGUUGCAUUUUUCAUUUCUGUUUUCAGUGACAGGUACUUUGCGUCGUUAAGGACUUUUCAUGCACAAUACAUUUUCCAUGUACAGUUUCAGUUUCGAUUGAUGCUCGUUGUGGUCGGCGUGCGCGACCUUUCGUGACCAUUUUCAUCUGGUGUGAUUUUAUAUAUUUCAUUGUUGUUAUCAUUUGCAAUCUCAUUUCCUGCGUUUGACGCCGUUUGUUUCUUGUACAAUUCUACUUUAGUUUUUUGCCUGAAGAGUUGCUUGUGUGGUUGUUCUUUUUUGUUUUCUUUUCUGUGUUGAUUGUUGAAUCAAAUUAUCAUUGUACG